AUGCCAGACGCAAGUCCUAUCCACGCUAGCUCUCUCCCCUCUUACAGCCAAGUCGCUUGCAUUGGGGCCGGAGCAAGUGGCAUUGCGCUGGGAGCCACGCUGAAAAGAUGGUAUGGCUUAGAGGACAUCCAAUACUUCGAGCGCCAGGCCGACUGUGGUGGAACGUGGCAUAUCAAUACCUACCCCGGUACGAGAAUGAUUAUUUCUCAACCCGCUUCCGCCGUGACGACACUGAUGAAAGAGAUCAAGUCAUAUCAGGAUGGCGUUGUUGCCGAUUAUGGACUGAGACAGAAAAUGAAUUUCUGCACAGAGGUCAAACAGUGUAUAUGGCGUGAAGAUGCAUCGCGAUGGCUUCUGUUGCUGCGCAACGUCGAUACUGGGGCAGAAUGGGCACACGAAUGCCAGGUCCUUUUUUCCGCUACAGGUCACUUUGCGCAGCCGCGAUCGUGCAAUUUCCCUGGUUCUUCAUCAUUCGAAGGUGCCAUGUUCCAUUCGGCGCAAUGGGACCACAGCGUCAGUCUAAAGGGCAAGAGGGUCGUGGUUAUUGGAAAUGGAUGCACCGCAGCGCAGAUUGUACCUGCUCUUGUCAAGCAGACGAAGCAUGUGACGCAGAUUAUUCGAUCCCAACACUGGAUCUUCCCUGCGACAAAUUUCACCUACCCCAAGGCUUUGCAGUGGAUCUUCCAGUACGUUCCUUUCGCAAUGAAGCUCCAUCGAUUGCAUAUUUUCCUGCUGGCUGAGAAUGGCUUUCGCCUGUUCCCAAUGACAGCUCGUGCCGCAAGGCUGCGGCAGAAGCGCAGAAGGGAGGUCGAAAAAUAUAUGAGAGAUACCGCGCCAGCCAAGUACCACGAUAUCCUGAUUCCGGACUUCGAGGUGGGAUGCAAGCGACGGAUUUUCAAUGACGGAUAUCUCGAAUCCCUUCACAGUGCCAAUCUUGAUCUCACAACGGCCAAGAUUCUUGAGAUCGUUCCAGAAGGCGUGCGAACUUCCGACGGAGUCAUUCCUGCCGACGUCAUUGUCUUAGCAACGGGUUUCGAAACAAACCAAUUCACGCCCUUCAUGGACAUCGUGGGCCGCGAUGGAAGCCUGAAUGACCACUGGAAGAGAUAUGAUGGGCCCGAAGCUUAUAACAGCUCUGCCAUGAGUGGCUUCCCAAACUUCUUCAUGCUCUUCGGGCCCAACGCAGGGACUGGCCAUACUUCGGCAUUGAUGGCUGCAGAAAACUCCGUCAACUACGCACUCCGUGUCCUUAAGCCAGUCUUCGAUAAACGAGCAGACGCCGUCGAGCUUUCUCCGACUGCGGAAGACGAGUAUUCCAAGGCGGUGCAAGGUGCCUUACAAAAGCGAGUUUGGAAUGCUGGUUGUCAAUCAGUAAGUUGCUUUCUCUUCCAUCAUCGUGUGUUCACGGGAUUUACAGUAUAUCUAACUCUGCGUUAA